CACUUUUUGAUAGGACAAAUAAAAUGCUACCAUAACAUAGAUCAGCCGGUUGAACUGCAAGUGUGUUUAUUUAGAAAAAAAUAUCUAGAAAAAACGAGCAAAUAAUAAUAAUAAAAAUAAAAAUAAAUACUGAAAUGGAUGAUAAAUGCGAUGCAUCAGAAAACUCCUGCUACAAACGCAUACAAAUGUGGACAGACAGUGAGACGCGUCUGCUGCUGGAUAAAUACGCUACAUACUUUCCGGAAAUUGGGCCCAUGAAAGCUAUAAGAAAUAAAAAAGAAAUGUGGGCACAAAUUGCAACCGAUAUUGGUGGGAAAUCGGCGAAACAGUGUGAGGAGCGGUAUAAGACGGUGCUUAAAAGAAAGAAGGAUCGACAGUAUGAGGAAAGUUUUAAAACAGCGUUUAAACGAAAGAAACCAACUGUAGCGAGUGAUCAUGCUUCUGGCGCUAAAAUGCGGAAGGUUGAAUCUGAAGAAGAAUUUGAAAAUAGCACAGUAAUUGAGCCGGAGAUACAAAUAAGCAGUCAAGCAGCGAUAAUAGAAGCCAUAUCCACAACCAGCCCAAAUACUCAUAUGGAAAAAAAGAAAACCGUACAGGACACGCUACUUGAGAUUGCACAGAAAAAAGAAGCAGCGCGCGAAAGACGGCACAGAGAGAAAAUGGAGGCGCUUAAUAAUAUUCAGCUCAUGAUUGCGACUAUGCUGGAAAGGCAUCUGUAGUUUAAGAAUAUAAAGGAAAAAAAGCUAAAAAUCAAGCUUUUCAUUUAAUUUCAACUCUCUGUAGGCAUUCUCAAUGUCUUCUAAUGAAUAUUUUCGUUACGUUUGCACCUCUUAAGCAAUUUUUCAAGGAAAAAAAUUGAGAGAAUAUUGAUAGCCUAUGUUAAUACUACCAAUGGAUCUGUUCUUUGCCAAAAGCAAUGCCAUUUUUUGUUUAAAAUUAUAUUAUUUAUAGUACUAAAUAGUAUUAAAUUUCUUUCGAGGACACAAGAAAACUCGAUGCAGGACAUUUUCUCAACACUUU